AUGACAGGGCGAUCCCACCUCAUUUCCGCAUUCAUCACACCGUUCCGGCUGUUGGAGUUGCUGCGUAUGCCAUUUAACAACGCGUUGUACGGCUUCUGGAAACUCUCGCCGCCUGAAUGUACCCACGACAUUUUCACGGACGGGGUCCCAUCCAAGCCUCGAACGCGGACGGCGGACCGUCUCCUCGACGUUUGUGAGGAAUGGCACAUUUCGAUUAGUGUCGAGAAAAGCGAGUGCGGAGUGGAUUACUUGGGACAUGACGUUUCAAUAAACGGAUUCGGGGCGAAGCCAAUGAACUUGGAAGCAGUGGCGCAAUUUCCGCGUAGUCUAAAUUACUACCACCACUUUAUCCCAGAUUUCGUAAUCUUCGUAACCGUGCUUUACUCCAUCUCAGUGCGCAAUUUUGAUGAACGCGUCACAAAUCCGGAAACGGGUGCCGUGAAAGUGGGCUCACGCGAAACGCGCGUUUGCGACGUUCCCGCGGCGACCCCGAUGCUAAAGCACUUCGAUGUGGAUAGACAACCAGUGGUGAUUGUGUAUGCGAGUGAUUGGGCUGUGUCGGCUGCCCUCACUCAAAAACACGACGGAGUAUAUGUACACAUCAAGUACACUAGUAGGCCGUUGAAACCCGACCAGCUGAACGACAACAUCACCGAGAAGGUGAUUAUAGCGUUGUUGCGCGUCUUCAAUGAAUGUCACAACAAGUUUGUGGGAAGAUGA